AUGUUCUGCUCUGUGUUCCUGCUGGCUGUGAUCAGUCUGGAUCGAAUGGUCUGCAUCUGGUGGCCAGUCUUCACAAGGCGUCGACGCACGCUAUGGGUAGCGAGGAUGGUGGCAGUCUGCGUCUGGAUUGCAGCGAUCCUCUUCAGCAUUCCCUACUUCAUCCAUCGACAAACUUACAUAGACAACAACAACCUGACUAAAUGUUCUGUGGACUCGAUUGAGAAGGCAGAAGGGUACAACAGCACCAAAGUAGCUCUCUACUCCAUCCGCUUCCUGUGUGGCUUCAUAUUUCCUUUUAUGGUCAUUCUAAUCUGUUAUACCUUGGCUGGGGUGGGAAUCCGACGCACCCGUCUGUCAGGGAAGUCCCGCCCUCUGCGUGUAAUAGCAUGUUUGGUCAUUGCCUUCUUCCUGUGCUGGGCACCUUAUCACUGCCUCUUAAUGGUGAAGAUGGUGGACAAUAAUAUUGCACUGUUGAAAAUCUUGUACCCUGUAGCAAUGGGCAUUGCCUACUUUAACAGCUGUGUAAACCCGCUGCUGUAUUUUUGCAUGGGUCUAAAAAUGAGUGAGGGAUUUAGACAAGGUCUAAUGAAAAUUUAUAGAAGGGCUCUGUCAGAUGAUAUGGAUGUCCAAACUACUCAGUGCACUGAACAUUCUUUGGACUGAAGCUCUGGGUUGAAACACAGCACUGUUUCUGUGCCAAAAAAGAGUCUGACAGCAGCGGGUGUAGCUAAUCUUUGUGUUUCUCUGAUUUAUCCUAAAGCUCAGAAGAAUAAAUUUCCAUGUUUUGAUCAGUCUGUUGUAAUUUCUCAACGCAAACCAUUCUAA